UUUUGUAGUUCUAACCUUAAAAAGUUCAUAUCCAGGUGUAUGCAGUAAUAAUAUUUUGAAUUAAUUUAUUGUAUGAUUAAUUAUAAUGAACUAUUUGGUAAAAUAAGUCCAGAAAUAAUACACUUUAAUUAAAAAUUAAAAACAUUUCAUUAUGGAAGACGAAAAUACAUCAUUGAAGUCAAUAAACGAUGUUCAUGAAGAAUUUGAAACAAGUUUGAAGCAUGCUUAUGAAGUGUUAAUAAAUGCAACAAUAGCAUCGAAUGGCUUACCCAAAAAAACCAACUAUGCUUAUUGUCAAUCAUUUCCUAAGUUUAAAACUUUUAUGGACGAACGUGGAAGUGAAGUAUUAAAUAUGAUCGAAAAUGUGUAUAGAAGCACAAAUCAUCCGAUUAGUAUGCUUAGUAAGAAUUUUAAACAGCAUUUGGCUAAUUUACAUAAUGUAAACGAAAAAUUAUUAGAGGGUGUAGAUAAAAAUUUACUUAAACUAUCAAAGAAUCCAAACGAUAUAGAUCCAGUUAUUGUUGCGACCGAGAAACGACUACCAAAUUUAAAUGAUAGCCCAUCAAGUUCAUUGUCCCCACGCAGCUCAACAGUUAUGCGUGCAAUUUUGGCACGCAAUGUAGUGAGGCCGCAAAAUUCAUUUACCGAUCGCAUAGAUAAUAGUGUGGACACAAUAUGGAUACCAAGAAUUAAAGAUAAGCCAAACUCUAUUAAGCCAUUAGCAAUAUUCCUAGAAGAAACUAAUGAUGAAAUUGGACAAGGAUACAGUCAUCCGUAUGAAUUAGAGUUGAAUCAAUUUAAACCAUUACCAGAUCAAUUAACUAAAGUUACGCCAAAAUAUCCAAAACCUAUUGAAGAGGUACCAUUAAAAAUGGUUACUAACACUGCAGAAUUACAAGAUUUAUAUAAAGAUUUACUGAAUCACACAGAAAUCGCAAUUGAUUUAGAACAUCAUUCGUAUCGUAGUUUUCAAGGUGUUACAUGUUUGAUGCAAAUUUCUACACCUGAUGUGGAUUAUAUUGUUGAUACUUUGUCGUUACGCAAUGAAUUACAUUUAUUAAAUGAAAUCUUUACAAAACCAACCGUUGUUAAGGUUUUACAUGGUGCUGUGUUCGAUAUACAAUGGUUACAACGUGAUCUUUCAUUAUAUAUUGUAAAUAUGUUUGACACACAAAUUGCAGCGAAACAUUUAAAUUAUCCACAAUUAUCGCUGAAAGCAUUGAUUUAUAAAUUUUUUAAAAAGGAAAUUGAUAAAACCUUUCAAUUGGCUGAUUGGCGAAUACGGCCUUUACCUGAAGAAUUAAUAAACUAUGCACGUGAAGAUACGCAUUAUUUGCUGUACAUUUACCAUAUGCUACGUAAUGAAUUAAUUCAGACUGGUUCAUUAGAAAUGGUUAUUCAUCAAAGUACUGAAUUAUGUAAACAGCGAUAUGCUAAACCGAAAUAUACUAAGGAAACCUAUUUAAAAACAUAUCAUGCCAGUCGUAAAGUGUUUAAUAAUAGACAAUUAUCAGCAUUACGCCAAUUAUAUCAUUGGCGCGAAAUGACUGCGCGAACAGAAGAUGAAAGCUUAGGGUACGUAUUACCAACGCAUAUGAUGUUACAAAUAGCUGAAAUAUUACCACGUGAACAACAAGGUAUAUUAGCUUGUUGUAAUCCAGUUCCUCCAUUAGUGCGACAAAAUUUGUUAACACUAAACAAAAUGAUAAUAAAAGUACGUUUAGAACCAUUAGAAAAACCUAUAUUACAAUCAGAGCCUGUAACACGCCAACAAAUUAAACAAUAUGGAAGUCUAAAUUGGGAUACACCACUAAAUUGUCCCCAUGAUUUAUCCAAAUCGGAUGAUGAGAUUUCUACAAAUUUACCAACUUUGUUGAAUAAUAACACACAACUGGAAAAGGAUCAGCAUAUAUCAAAUACUAAUUUAUAUUCUAAACAAGUACCACGUGUAUCAGUAUUUGACGAUGUACCUAUUCAUACAAUGGAUAGUGUAGAAAAAGCAACCUUUGAAAAAAUUUCAUUUUUAUGUCCGUAUGACCGAUAUAAAUUAAUGAAGGAAUUUGCAAAAGAUGAAAAAUUCAACGCAAAUGAAGAAACACAAAACGAGGAAGAAUCACAAAAUGAAAAUUCCAAUAAUAAUUCGUUAGUAAUACAACAGUCACAAGAAGAAAUAAAUGAAAAAUUAAAAGAAAUCAGAAAUGCUACUGAUGAUAGGCUCGAAAAUAAUAUACAGGAAGCUGUACCGGCACCCAAAUUACAAGAUACAUCACAAACGGAAUUAUCUUUAAAUCAAAUGAAACGAAAACGUAAACAUAAAAAACAUGAAAAUCAUUCUGAAAAACGGAUAAAAACAGAAGACAGUAUAUCAAUAGAAUCAACAGCUCUCAAACAAGAUCAAUCAGGAGAUGUUGAGGAUAAAUCUUCUGAUUUAAUAUUGUUUUCAAAAUAUUCUGUACACGAAGGUGAUAAUAAUAAAUCGAUAAAAAAACAAGCUUAUUAG